AUGGAAUCUAAUCGAAAGCAGUACACGCGAAUUGCGACUGUUUUACUCGGCGCCGCUGCCGCGCUUUAUCUCGGUUAUGAGUUUUACAAGUUCGUCACGGAAAUUCAAGAGGACGAACGCAAGAAACGCGAAGAAGCGGAAGAGAAGCGAAAAAUUGACGACUAUGAGAGAAUGAAGAAUGAGGAAGAAGAGGAAGAAUUGAGGAAGAGGAAGAAAGCGGCGCAAAUGGCGGCCGAUGCCAGUUUUAAAGUCGAACUGAAAUCUGAAGGCGACAGUGUGAGGAAGGAUCUUGAAAGCAUGCAGAAGCUUCUUCUUUUUUCCAUUGCGAUUCUUUCUAUAUAUGGUGGCUUCGCAGAUUAUAAUUCCUAUACUUAUCCGGACUCAAUAACGCAGCCAGAGUUGUGCGGAUUCUCGAGGCCAUCGUUCGUUUGUGAUCCGAAUCAGAUACUGAGCAGAAGGUCUCAAAAUUCGACAGCAUACACAUAUGCUCUUGAUGAUCUACUGCUGCGCGUUCGUGGCGAGACCAAUUGUAGCUGUCCCAGUUUUGAAAUGUGUGAUAGAUCCCCACGAGGAAACACAAUCUCGAUUGCAAUUACUGAAAAAAUGAAGUUGGAGAAAAAUGAGACAUCUCGAGAUAGUAUUACUGAAGCGGCUCGAAUUUUCGCUGAACAUCUCCGCGAUCGACAGCAAAGAGGGCAAUGCGAUGACGACAUUCUGAUAUUUGUGUCAGCAAAAGAUGAAGUUGUUUGGACGUCGGUUGGAGAAUCUGUCAGAAUUCCACAAUAUCAAAUCGAUCAAAUCUCGAAAGAAGCAGAAACAUUCUUCAGUAAGAUGGACUACGAAGAAGGGCUUCGAUGGAUGAUAAAACAAUAUAAACAUGUUCUGAUGAAUGAGCAAUUGGAAGAAAAAUGGAAUUGGCCAAUUUCAAAAUAUUUAUUUUAUGCGCUUGUCCUAAUAGUGAUAAUCGCGCUCAUUGUCAUCACUUCUAUAAUUGUUUGCAUAAUUGUCAAACGCUGCAACAAGAAUCGAAAGGACGAGUAUUCAGUUGUUGAUCAGUUAUAA